AUGAUCGCCCUUCGCUCUCUCCUGCUCCUUAGCGCUGGACUGUCUCUUGCGCUGGCCGACGUGGACCCCAGGGCGCUAUGGCAGUUCCGGAACAUGAUCGUCUGUGUGAAUCCCGAGAGCUGGCCUCUGCUGGACUACGCUGAUUAUGGCUGCUACUGUGGGAAGGGCGGAUCGGGCACUCCUGUGGACGACCUGGACAGAUGCUGUGAGGUCCACGACAACUGCUACUCAGACGCCAUGCAGCACGAAGAAUGCUGGCCCAUCCUAGAUAACCCCUACACCGAGAUCUAUUCCUACAAGUGCGACAGAGCCACCAAUACCGUCACCUGCACAGAAAAGAACAACCCCUGCGAGAUGUUUAUCUGUGAGUGUGACAGGAAGGCCGCCGAGUGCUUCGCCAAAGCCGAAUACAUCCCAGAGCACGAGCACCUGCCCAGCGACCAGUGCAAGUAACUGACCCCAGAUCGGCUCCCGAGACACACCCA